CAUGUUUCAGCGCCUCAGUUCAGGCAAGUUGUCGGCAAGAGGAAAUUCUGCAAGUCAUGGUGGGCCAUUCAAAGCGAGAGGGGAGUGACAACCACAUAGAGAUCUAAGGGAAUAAGUGCGUAGUUAGUUGGAAGUGACUGAUGACAGUGGCUGUGUAUGCAUGUUGAGGCAUUCGGAGUCAUUUGUCAGUAAACUCUUCCUGAGCUCGGUGAACAUUAAUGAGUGAAUGCCUACAAAUACAUAAGCUGGAUAUAAUUUAGAUGAAAAAAAAAACUUUCUUCAAAGACAACAAAAGAGGAUUUAUCUUCAAUUUUAGUGCUAUUUUAUUAGAUGCACAUGACUGUGAAACAAAGCGAGCAUCCUUUUAUCUUGUGUCUGCUUCUGAUUUUCUAUCAUAUACGAGGCUGACCGUAACCUAAAUCGGCUUUGACAUUUGUUUGUGUGUAUUUUUUAGUUUUUGCUUUUUAGUUCCUUUUUGAGUUUUUUUCUUUUUUGUUCCUUUGCAAAGAAAUGCUUUACUUGAAAAAGUACUUCACAGAGGGUCUUAUUCAGUUCACUAUCCUCCUGAGUCUAAUUGGGGUACGGCUGGACUUGGACACUUAUUUAAACAAUCAGCUCCCCCCACUUCGUGAGAUCAUCCUGGGCCCCAGCUCGGCCUACACCCAGACGCAGUUUCACAAUCUCCGUAACACCCUGGACGGCUAUGGCAUCCAUCCUAAAAGUGUGGACCUGGACCAUUUUUUCGCCACUCGUCGGCUUCUGAACCAGGUGCGCUCCCUGGAUCAUCUGCGUGUGCCCAGCACCGAGCUGAGUGCCUGGCUGGUGCAUCGUGACCCUGAGACUGUGGUUUCGGCAACCAGUCAGUCCGGCCCCAGCAUUGCCCUGGACAAUGGGGGCAGCCUGGAGGACGUGAACAACUCCGAAGCCUCGGCCAUGAGAGGUGCUGGCGGAGCUUCUGAGACCACUUACAGCCUCAGUGGAGAGGACAGCUUGGGAGCCGUGGCCCCUGAGGACAGUCAGGAGCAAGGGGAGAGAGAGAGCAGCGACGACCUCUCCAAAGAGGAUAUUGACCUAAUAGACAUCCUAUGGAGGCAGGAUAUUGACCUUGGUGCUGGCCGAGAAGUAUUUAACUAUAGCAGUCGGCAGAAGGAGAGUGAGGCUGAUAAACCUAAUGAAGAGAACGAGGAGGCAGGUGGAAGAGAGGAAAGCCGGAGAAAUGGACUUAAUCUCCUAGCAGUGCAGAGCCUAACUCAUGUUGAUAGAGAGACAGGAGAGAGCAUACCUGCGGAGCUUACCAGUCUCGGUGCUCAGACUUCAUUAUCCCUGCAGGAAUGUCUGAGGCUUCUGGAGGCCACCUUUCCAUUUGGAGAAGAGCCAGAGUUCCAGGCCACUGGACCCACCUCACAGCUGAGAGCUUCAACCGAGGAAACACCUUCAACAUCACAAGGGAUCCCUCUACAAGCCCCUCUUUCACAGUCUGAUACACCACUAGACCUGGAGCAGCAGUGGCAGGACAUAAUGUCAAUAAUGGAACUGCAGGACAUGGAGGUGAACAAUACAGCAGUAAAUGUCUCCAUGAAUAAUGACCCCAAUAACAAUAAUGCCAGCACCACAGAAUCAGCCACAGUAGGAAAUUUUGAACUCCCACGGUCCACUCUCAUUAACCAGGAUGUAAGUCUCCACCAGGCGUCGCUUCCCAGUUGCAGCCAGGACUUUCCUACACUCUUCAACCCCGAGCUGGAUUCCACCAGUGUACAGCGGCCUACCUUAGUCAGGCUCUCUUCUAGCAACUCCUCCAACAUCAAUUCAACAUUUGGAGCUACAAACUUGACCGGACUCUUUCUCCCACCACCUAUAAACAGUACUACAAACCUAACCACCACUCCGGUGCUGCCAGAUCCAUUUUCCAGUCUGUUGGAAGAGUCAAUGCUGGAUGAAAUUAGCCUUCUAGACCUUGCAAUGGAAGAGGGUUUCAGCCAAGACCAGGCUUCUCAGCUCGAGGAUGAGCUUGAUUCCGACUCAGGUCUUUCACUGGACUCCAGCCAUAGCCCAGCCUCACCUAGCAACUCGGAGACAUCCUGCUCAUCAGCUGCAUCGUCUUCAUCCACCUCUGCUACGUUCUCGGAGGAGGGAGCUGUGGGCUACAGCACAGAUUCUGAGGCCGCCACAGCAGAAGCGGAGGAAGGAGCCGUCGGCGGCUACCAACCAGAGUAUAGCAAGCUGUGCCGCAUGAGCUACCAAGAUCCAUCUCAGUUCCAUGGCAUACCGCAGUUGGAAGGUGUCAAUCACAACCACACCUACAAUCUACCACUGGCAUCGCCCUACUCUGAGCGUUCUCAGCUGUCUGCAUCAUGCAGCAAGAAAGGCAGAGAUAAGCAAAUGCAGCAGACAAAGCUCCAACCACCACAAGACUGUGUUGACAGGCAGUCUAGUCGUGAUGAACGUAGGGCGAGGGCCAUGGACAUCCCAUUCUCCAAUGACAAGAUCAUUAACCUCCCUGUCGAGGAGUUCAACGAGCUUCUGGCCAAGCAUCAUCUCAAUGAGGACCAGCUCUCGCUCAUUCGUGACAUCCGCCGCCGCGGAAAGAACAAAAUGGCGGCACAAAACUGCCGUAAACGCAAGCUAGACACCAUCCUGAAACUCGAGCAGGGCGUGCAAGACCUGCAACGCGAAAAAGCUCAGCUGCUGAAGGAGAAGAUGGAGUACUGUAAGUGCAUCAGGCAGACGAAGCAGAAGGUUCAAAACCUUUCCCAGGAAUUGUUCGCACAGCUGCGGGACGAGGAAGGCAGACCCUACUCGGCCAGCGAAUACUUUCUGCAGUACGGCCCAGAUGGCGUUCUUCUCAUGCCUCGUAACAUGACCACAGAACAAAGCAACAAGCCCGAUAAGAAGCAGAAGGACAAAAAGAAGUGAGGAACUCAAACUAUUGCCCUUUUAUUUUUCGCAAAGGCACUACCAUACAAAGUAUUUCGAAAGGCAAAGGAAGCCUUUUUCUUUGAGACGAUUCUAGCGAGGAGAAGAAAAUUGCAUCAUUGAUUACUCUUCCUGCAUUGGGUUUUCUUUGUUCCUUUUCGGUUCAGAAGUUUUCUCCUGAGAGCAGCAUUAAAGCAGACAUGCUUUAUGUAGUACUGAUUUCUCAUUGAUGUACAGAAAGAUGCGAGCGAACAGGAUCCUUUCAGAUGCCAUCUGAAAGAACUGUCCAGAAUGGAGGUCAUGGAGGACACCAACAAAAAUGUUCUUAAUUGAAAGAACUGUUCGGUAAUGCUCCCAAAAAUGUAGUCGCUGAUAAUAAUACACCACACUAAGAUGACUUUGACAACGAGGAUGCAAAAAUGGUUUCAGCAUUAGCCCUUGCUGUGUGUUUGUACGUACUUUGGGAUUUCAAUGGUGGGUGACUAGCAGGACCCCUGAGAGCUGGUAGAAAAAGAGUACGCUAGAAGUGAAGCCAAAAGAAACUACAGGCACGCCAAUACUAACCAAAGGUUGUGUUGUGUUGUGCUGUUGUAUUGUUCCCAUAACGAAUCAUACAGGUCACUCUGUGGAUCCAAAUUCACGUUUUCACUUACAAAAAAAAACA